AUGUCGAGAAACAAGGAGAAAAAUCAGUCACAUUUGCAUCGAUAUUACGCUCAACAAGAAAGAGACGCUGGGGUUCUAGAGACGAAUCCCGCACUUCGACCCAAAUACGUUCAAAAAGUGAACUCCCUCCCGCAGGCCGAGAGAUGGAGACUGACGGUGUUGACAGAGAUAUCCGUCAAGCUUACAGAUAUUAACGACCCGUCUCUCGGUUUAGACGAAAUUCGAUCUCUCAAUGACACUUUGAAUAAACUUCAACGAGAGAAACGGGCAUGGGAAUAUCACAUCAGGAAACUAGGUGGAGCUGAUUACUCGAAACAAAGGAACCAAGUACAAGGAAUGAUCGUUAAUGGAAUUCGUUACUAUGGACGGGCUCGAGAGUUGCCAGAGGCAUCUUGCGAGAAGGUAAUGCUGGAAGAAGCCAAGGAGGAGCCACAUAUCCCAUUGGCUUACUACGACGCCUAUGGUCAGACAUGGAAUAAGCCGAUAGUAGCCGACUUGCAAUACGUUCAGGGUGAAGUCAAUGGAGCACUAGGGGAGAAAAUCUUUCCUGUGGAAUCGAUACCAUUGAAGGCAGGCGACUUGCCCACAAACAAAGAUGUCGAGAGGAUGCUUCUUGAACGACAAAAAGCUCAGAUACGGGCUCAGCUCCAAGGGUGA